AUCGUAUUUUGUGAAAAAAUAAAUGUGUAUUGUACAGAAUCUAAUAAGAUUUGUUAUUUUAUAAAGCAAUUUUGAUUAAAUUGUGCUCCUAAGUUAAAUUUUUGUUUUAAAAAAUGUAUAUGAUUAAUUUUUAAUGAUACUACUUCAUAUAUGCACAAUUACAACUGUUUAAUAAAUCCUACAAUAUGUGGUCGUUUUUCUCUCGGGAUCCAACAAAAGACUUUCCUUAUGAGGUAGGAGAUCCUAUACCUGGUCUUGAAGACAAAAGUGUUUGGAUCCUACACAAAGGAAAGAAGAGAGGAACACAAGAUGAAGUGUCUAUAUUUUUAUUUGAUGUUCAAAAACAUUCUGAAACCCUAUUUGAUAUUGCAAAAGCUUCCUUGAAACGUCUAAAGACUAUAAGGCAUCCAAGCUUGUUACAUUAUUUAGAUAGUUGUGAAACUGAAAAGUUUUUAUAUGUUGCAACAGAGUAUGUAAAACCAUUAGCUAAGCAUACAGAUGAUAUGAAAUUGGAGGGACAACAACGUGAAUUAUUUCUGGCCUGGGGUAUAUUUCAAAUUACUAGAGCCUUAUCAUUUUUCAACAAUGAUGGCAAUAUGAAACAUAACAAUGUUUGUUUAUAUUCAAUAUUUGUGACUGCUGCGGAGGAAUGGAAACUAGGAGGUUUUGAAUUUAUAACAACCCAUGGACAAGAAGGUGCUAAUAUCAUCCCAAUAAAAAUUAUACCUACUCUUGAAAUCUAUGAUCCACCUGAAAAAAAAGAUCCAACCAAACUAAAGUCUGUAACAAAAUGUUCAACAGAUAUGUGGGGGCUGGGCUGUCUCAUUUGGGAAGCAUAUAAUGGACCACUAAAAAAUCAACCUUCUCUAAAAACUGUGGACAAAAUACCUAAGCAACUGUGCACUUUAUACUGUGAGUUAGUUAGUGCUAAUCCAGCUUCAAGACCAAAUCCUGCUGAUAUUAUUACAAGAUGUCGUAAAUUGGGUGGUUUCUUUAAAAAUGACCUUAUAGAUACAAUGUUAUUCUUAGAAGAGAUACAAAUCAAAGACAAGGCCGAAAAGGGGAAGUUUUUUUCAACCUUGAGCAGUCAUUUAGAUAAUUUUCCGGAGGCUGUGUGUAUUCAUAAGAUAUUGCCUCAGUUAAUGACUUCCUUCCAUUAUGGGGAUUCUGGAUCUGCUGUUUUGGCACCUAUGUUUAAGUUGGGUAAAUUACUAGAGGAUGCUGAGUAUCAAAAACAAAUAGUACCGUGUGUUGUGAAAUUGUUUGCCUCAAAUGACAGAACUACCAGGUCUAGGCUACUUCAACAACUUGAUCAAUUUAUUAUGCACCUACAAAAUUCUACCGUCAAUGACCAAAUCUUCCCACAAGUGAUGCAUGGAUUUUUGGACACAAAUGCCGUAAUCCGCGAACAGACUGUAAAAUCAAUAGUACAUCUUGCACCGAAAUUGAACUACAAUAAUUUGAAUGUUGAAGUCCUGAGACACUUUGCAAGGCUUCAAUCGAAAGACGAUCAGGGUGGUAUAAGAACGAACACAACAGUAUGCCUAGGCAAAAUAGCGGCCCACCUUCACCCGCAAAUACGUCAGAAGGUGCUCGUAUCCGCGUUCGUUCGUGCUACGCGCGACUCGUUCCCGCCCGCACGACAAGCGGGCGUACUAGCGUUGGCCGCCACGCAACAGUACUUUUUGCUAUCCGAAGUCGCUAAUCGAGUGUUGCCAGCGUUAUGUCCACUUACGGCCGAUCCGGAGAAACAGGUGCGAGAUGCAGCCUUUAGAACUAUCAAAGGCUUUUUGGGUAAACUGGAGAAAGUAUCUGAAGAUCCCAGUUUGAAAGAAGGAAUGGAGGCGGACGUACACACGGCGACACCUAGUCUCAGUAACGCGGCGGCUACUUGGGCCGGGUGGGCGGUGACCGCAGUGACAGCCAAAUUUUACCGCUCUCACUCUGAUACAGCUAAAGUCCAGCAUCCAGUUAAAUCUACACUAUCGAAGCCGGGUUCGCUAGAACAACCAUCCUCAAGCAGCAUGUCAACGACGACGUCAUCGGUGACAUCGAUGACGUCACUGGAACACAGCGAGUCUGCGUCCGACUACGACCCUGAACACUGGGACAUGACGGCCUGGGGCGAGAUCGACUCCAGCGCAGCCACAACGGGUGGUAGUGGAAAGUCAGGCGCCAGCAGUACAGGCGGAGGUGGCCUAGCUGCCCUCUGUGAGGACGAAUGGGACAAUGAAGAGUGGGGUCAGAUACAGGAGCAUCCAGCAGCUGAAGCAGAACUAGCAAGUCCAUCGGAGACAUGGAAUAACUCGGAAUGGACUCAACCUAUGCAAAGUGCGAACGCAACGUUCGUACGCAAUACGUCGCGACUCGAACAUAAGCCGACAGCGCAUCAGAACAGCAAUGACUCGCUCGGCGGUUGGGAAGAUGGCGAGUUCGAACCCAUUGAAGAAAAUGUUGACGAAAACAACGCAUCGAAAAUGGACGAAAUGCGUCGCAAACGCGAAGAAAGGAAAGUGCAACGUCAACGGGAAAUGGAAGCCCGACGUAACGCGAGAGGACAAGGGCCGAUGAAGCUUGGGACCAAAUUGUCUGCGCCUGCGCCGUUCUAGCCGCCGGAUGACACGUGCACUAUGGGUAAAAAGUGGUAUUGACAGCAAUACAGGCUACUAUGAGAUCUGUGUAUGUAACUCAUACAAAAUAUAUAAAAUUUUGUAAAUCUUCCAGCAAACCAGCUCAAAUUACGUGCAAAACUAAGAUUUUUUCAGAUUUUCUUAGUAUUUUGAACAAAGUUGUUCAAUUCGCAAUCUUGUUACAGAUAUAUCAAUGACAAGCGAUGUCAAACUUGUUGUCUAUUUUAACUUUGACAGUUUUGACUGUGCUCAAGAAUCAAAGACGGUUCUAGAACUUCUUUCGGGAAUUUGUAAAUUUAAAACGAACCUGUGCCAUUACUUAAUCUAAACCAUUUUUGUAUAGAUUUUGAUUGAUAAUAAUCUAUUAAAGGCUAUAUUUAUUUCACUGGCAACAAUAUUGACUAGUAUAUUUUAACGUAAGACCAUAGACACUGAUGGAAUUUUGUGGCUAGUGACUAACUCUAUUGUUCUGUGGCAUAUGAUUGUAAUGAUGUAAGGAUAUUAUUUUGCCGGAUUGAUUGCUUUUUUUCUACGGUUAAACCCACGUUUAAGUAAUGACAGCAGACUCCUUGCGUAUGAAAUUAGUUAUUUAACCUUAAGAGUAAAAUUCAGUAGCGAGGCUUAAGGCUAAAUUGUCAUACUUACGUCAAAAUCGUUUUUUUUAAAUAUACGCGCCUCAUGUAUCUUUCGCCUGUCAAACGGGGAAUGGUUUUGACGGAUAGAACUUCUGUAUUCAAAAUAUGAUUACUUUUUACAAUCUAUGGUCAGUAAUCGGAUUCAUAGUAUUGUCUUUUGUUAAAAUAGCUUUAACACUUUUUGAACGGAUUAAAGCGAUGUAUUAUUAUUAAAAACUUAUAAUUAUUUAGAUAAUUCUAAAUUUUAAACCGUGACCACGCACGCUGAAAAGCACGCGAAACGUCAGAAAAAAAAGUGUUUUUCUUAAUCGGAUUCAUUUGAAUAUCGGUUUUCAAUCUUUUUAUUUACAGAAGUUUAUAAUUUAAAUCAAAAUUAGACUAAUUAUGAUUGACAAAUCGUAUUAUCGUCUUUUGAUCUAAAUCUUAUCAGUUACAGUAUCUUAUCUUUCCCUUUUAUUAUCACAAAUGCUUUAUAGUAUUAAAUUAACUAUUAUCUAUAUCUUUACAUUUAUAUAUGUAUAUGUGAAUAUAAGAAUUUGAUUAUAUAUCUGGUAUACGGAUGAGCAAAACGUCUUGAGAGUGACCAUGUCAGCAAGCAUUAAACAAAAAGAUUUUUAUUAUUUAUUAAUGAUUUUGAAAGCGUUCAAGUAAAAUGUGUCUUGUCUAGCGUCUUGUAAAACGUUACGAUGCGUUACGGGGGCGUGUUGGGAUUUGCUUUACGCGUGCUUGAUUUCAGCGACUUUUAAGUAAUUUACCACACAUUAUUGUGAUAUUUAGGUAAAAAUUGUCACUUUGGGGUGGGGCAUACAGAAAAAUGGCGCGAUACAUGAGGGUUUAGGGGACAAAAAUUGCUUAGUACUUAAACGCUCCCUAACGCGCUAUUACUAUUCACAAGAGUUAAAAGUAAAAAAGUAUCUUGCAUUGGUGCAUGUCUAUAUAUAUAAAUGAUAUCUAUAUAAAGUUGUGUGUUAAAUAAUGUAUUAACACACAUUAUUAUUUAU